GAGGGGGACGUCUACACGCGUUUCAUGAGGUCUCACAAGUGCUACGACAUCAUCCCCGCCAGCUCCAAGCUGGUCGUCUUUGACACCACGCUGCAGGUGAAGAAAGCCUUCUUUGCGCUGGUGGCCAACGGCGUCCGGGCCGCUCCUCUGUGGGAAAGCAAGAAACAAAGUUUUGUCGGGAUGCUGACUAUAACGGACUUCAUCAACAUCUUGACCAGAUACUACAAGUCACCCAUGGUGCAGAUUUACGAACUGGAGGAACACAAGAUCGAGUCGUGGCGAGAACUUUACCUGCAGGAGACCUUCAAGCCUCUGGUCCACAUCUCACCGGACGCCAGCGUCUUCGAGGCGGUGAGCUCGUUGAUCCGGAACAAGAUCCACCGUCUUCCCGUCAUCGACCCGCUGAGCGGCAACGCGCUCUACAUCUUGACGCACAAACGGAUCCUCAAGUUCCUGCAGCUCUUUUUGUGCGAGAUGCCCAGGCCCGCCUUUAUGAAGAAGACGCUGGAGGAAGUGGGAGUGGGCACUUACGACGACGUGGCCUACAUCCACCCGGACACGGACCUCAUCACGGCCCUGUCCGUCUUCACGCGCCGUCGCGUCUCGGCCCUGCCCGUCGUCGAUCGCCUGGGCCAAGUGGUGGACAUCUACUCCAAGUUCGACGUGAUCAACCUGGCGGCGGAGAAGACCUACAAUGACCUGGACGUGACCGUCACGCAGGCGCUCAGACACCGCUCGCAGUACUUCGAGGGCGUCAUGAAGUGCAACAAGACAGAGACUCUGGAGACCAUCGUCGACCGCAUCGUCAAGGCCGAGGUUCACAGGUUGGUGGCGGUGGACGAAGAGUCUCGCAUCGUGGGCAUCGUGUCCUUGUCGGACAUCCUCCAGGCGCUCGUCCUGACCCCGGCCGGCGCGCUACGGAACGAGCGCUCGACGGACACUCCCGCCGGUUCGGACUCGGCGUCGGAACAGAAAGUCGACCGCGACCCGGAGGAUGACCGACGCGACCGGGAUCUUAACGCAGAACGGAACGAGCCGGACCGGGAGCCUGACCCCGGUCGAGAUAGGGACAUCGACCGUGAACCGAAAUCUGAAGGGGAACCGGACCGGGUCGGCGAACGCGAUCCAGUCGAGGGACGAGACCGCGGUCCAGAUGGGGACAUUGACCGGGAACGGGAUCCCGAAUCCGACCGUGACACGGCUCGGGAUGGGGACGUUGACCUUGACAAAGAAGAGAAAUCGGAGCGGGAGCCCAUACGGGACUUUGAGAGGGAAGAGGGCGAGGACGGAGACGAGGACGAUGAGCCCAACGAUGAAAGCGAGCGGGACGUCGACCGUGAGCACGGCAGCGGUUUGUAA